GAAGACAUCAUGAAGAAGAUAAAGCAGGGAGAUUUCUCCUUUGAUGGAGACAGCUGGAAAAACGUCUCACAGGAGGCUAAAGAUUUGAUACAAGGGCUUCUUACUGUGGAUCCUAAUAAAAGAAUUAAGAUGUCAACACUGAGAUAUAAAUGAAUGGCUUCAAGAUGGCAGCCAACUAUCUUCCAACCCUCUGAUGACUCCCGAUGUCCUCGGCUCUGCUGGAGCGUCCGUACACACGCACGUCAAAGCCACUUUUCAUGCUUUCAAUAAGUACAAGCGGGAAGGUUUCCUCCUCCAAAAUGUGGACAAAGCCCCACUGGCAAAGCGCAGGAAGAUGAAGAAGACAAGUACCAGUACAGAGACUCGAAGCAGCUCCAGCGAGAGCUCUCACUCCUCCCACUCACAUGGUAAAACCUCUCCAACAAAGACUCUGCAGCCGACGAGCCAAUCCGAGAGCAAUAACCCCGACACCAUCUUCCAGUUUACGGACUAG